UCUUCUUGUUUCAACUUGCUACUAGACUGCGGUCAGUUUCUUUCAUAUUCCAAAUGAAACUGUGUUGUUCCUCUUCGGCAAUACAUGACAGCAAUGGGGUUUCAAUCAAUUCUUCAGCAUUGUUCACCCUUGGAGUAUGCAGCCGUGCCUCAUGGUCUAUGCGAAAGGGGCCCAAAUGUGAUGUCUCACGUAGCCCCUGGGUGAUUUACAUACACUUUAUAACCCAGGUUAAGCCUGGCCAACUUACACAAACUUGCAGUCCUCAUUGUUGCCUUUAAAAUUCUCUAGCCUGUUCGUGACAGUCUCGAACAGUAUGACGAGUUCUUGUGAACUAGGAAUCCUUCAAUCUUUGCCGCUCAGGCGUGAAUCUCCUCUAUCAACUGCGCUUACGUGCUCAGACAUCCCAGUUCCUGCGUCCAUGUCGCCUACAUCUUCUUCUCCCUCGGAAACUUCGAGUCAAAGGCGCAUACUUGAAUUCACUGAUGACACUUCUCAGUCUCGUCGCAAUUUUCGUUCUUGUAUUUAUCAAUUUCUCAGGGUUCUUGGGUUAUCAGCUGUCUAUAAUCUUCUAGCCAAAAAAUGCAACUGGCCAGUCUCUGAGAAAAAAAAGGUCGUAAUAAGGAAGGACAAACUGAAAGCAACGCUGCAAUGUGUUGUUCAUCUCGUUCCACUCUCAGCGGCACUCGCUUUACUCGUUCUUAAUAGAUCUAAUUAUUACAUUAGUAGCGAACUUUCUGGAGCCCCUGGACAAGAUACUCAGAAGCUAGCGGCUCUCUUGUUUGCAGCCAAGCUACAUGAACUGUUUAUGCUUGCCUCUUUGAGUACCAUCGCAAUUACCCACAUUCAGAAAGAGCUGGUGUUUGGUGCUGAGUACCAUUCGGUACUGUCUUCUCAGCAACACAAUUCAAAGACCUUACCUUUUUGUAGUCGCCAAAACUAUAAGAGGCCAUUUAUCAUGAAUGGGAAAAGAGACGAACGAAGUGGUUCAUUAUAUCCUUGCUCGUCAUUUGCUCGAUUGCAGGACUAA